AUGAACCCGUCCUUCCGCUUUCCCUCGUCGCAGCCGACCUCUGCACCUGCUGUACCGCGCGACAACGUCGAGCAGCAGCGGCAGGCGAUCCAACAGCAGAUCGAGCUGCUGCAGCGGCAGCAGGAGCAGCUGCAGCUGCAGCAGCAGCUCUUGCGCGCGCCGGGCGUGCGCUCCGCGGAGCGUGCCGGAUUCAGCGCGGCGCCCGGCGGACCGACCUGGUCGCACAGCUCGCCGCGGCACGUCUCGGGCAGCGAGUCGACGAGCCUGCGUGUGCCGCCGCUGUCGUUCCCGCCGCGGCAUGCGGCGGACGGCGGGCGCGCGCCCCAGGCACUGCGCGAGACGGACCGCAAGCCGUCGCACACGCGGCAUGCGUCGUACCAGCUGUCGUCGGAGCUCUCGCCGCAGUUUCUCAUGGCGGGCGGCGGCCUGCUCAAUCUCGCGACGCUGAGCGUCAGCGGCGGGUGGGGCGACCUGGCGGACGGGUUCUCCGAGGCCCCGGCUGAGCGCGCGAGUGGCAGCGGCGCGCGGCACAUGCGCUCGAGCAGCACGUCCGCGGCGCAGUGGCGUGUCCCGACGCAGGAGGACCUGCAGGCGGGCCUGCCGCAGGCGCAGGCGCAGCUCGCCGCCCUGCACCGCAGCCGGCAGCAGAUGGCCCCGACGAUGCACGGGCGUGCCGCCUCGCACGGCCGCUCCGCCAGCGCGGGCGGCAGUGCGCCGCGCCGCGCCCUGUUCGGCAGCUACCUCCCGCAGUCGAGCCUGCCGCUCCUGCUCCUGGCCGGCAAGCUCGUCGUGGGCGUCAUCCGCGUGAACAAGCGGAACCGCAGCGAUGCGUGGGUCUCGACCGAGGUGCUGGGCCACGACAUCUUCAUCAGCGGCUCCAAGGACCGCAACCGCGCGCUGGAGGGCGACCUCGUCGCGGUCGAGCUGCUCGAUCCGCAGGAGGUGUGGCAGACCAAGCGCGAAAAGGUCGACAAGAAGAAGCGCAAGGAAGAGAGCAGUGGCGCCGAUGCGCCCGCGGCGCUCACCGCGCCCGUGAGCAGCCGGCGGCCAGACAAGGCGCGCGACGACAUGGAAGUCGAGGGCGCGCAGCUCGGGCUGAUCGAGGACGAGGAGGAGAGCGAGCUCUCUCCGCCGGCGCUCGCCGGCCACGUCGUGGCGAUCGUCGAGCGCAUGCCCGGCCAGAUCUUCCCGGGCACCCUGGCGCUGCUGCGCCCCAGCAGCGCCGCCACAAAAGAAAAGCAGCAGGCUGAGCGCAGCGCGAGCGGCUCCGCUGCGCCCCCCGACGACGACGCCGGCGCGCCGCGCCCCAAGAUCGUGUGGUUCCGUCCUACGGACAAGCGCGUGCCGCUCGUCGCGAUUCCCGCGGACCAGGCGCCCGCGGACUUUUGGGACGAGAAGCGGCAGGAGGUGUACAGCCGGACGCUCUUUGUCGCGUGCAUCAAGCGGUGGCCGAUCUCGUCGCUGCACCCGUUCGGCGCGCUCGUUGACCAGCUCGGGCCGAUCGGCUCGCUGGCGGCCGAGUCGCAGGCGCUGCUGCGCGCGCAGUGCCAGAGCCACACGACGCCGUUCAGCGACGCGGCGCUGCACAGCGUGCCGGGCAGCACAUGGACGAUCCCGCCGGCCGAGCGCGCGCGCCGCACGUUCACUGCGUUUACGCUCCGCGCGCGCGGCCCCCGCGAGCUCGCGUUUUCCGUGGACGCCGAUGGCGCUACCCUCACGCUCGGCGUGCACGCCGCGGACAUUGCGCACUUUGUGCCGUCCGGCUCCGCGCUCGACCGCGAGGCGCGCCGCCGCGGCGCGUCGGUCGCCCAGGUCGACCAGCUGCACGACAUGUUCCCGCCCAGCCUGCUCGCGCAUGUGGCGCUGCACCCCGCGCGCGAGGCGCUCACGCAGUCGGUCGUCUUCACCGUGGAGCACGGCGCCGUAACGCGCGUGUGGAUCGGCCGCAGCCUCGUGCGGAUCGCCGAGGACGUCGACGCCGAUGCGCUGGACGCGGCGCUCGCCGCGCCUGCCGAGGGCGUCCUCGCUGCGCUCCCGGCGGCGCACGCGCUGCUGGCGCGCUGGCGGUCCGAGCGCGUGGCGCGCGGCGCCCUGCUGCUCCCGCGCUCGGCNCCGGCGCAGCUGCCGCGCGCGGUGCAGACGCUCCCGGCGGCGGCGUGGCCGGCGGCGGCCGCGCUGCUCGCGCAGGCGCUCCCGGCGCCGAAGCUGUACGUGCCGGGGCUCGUGGACAUGGCGCAGUUCUCGCACUAUUCGCUGGCGGAGCCGCUCUACACGCUCUUUACGUCGCCCCUGCAGCGCUUUGCGGACGUGCAGGUGCAUCGGCAGCUGGACGGCGUCACGCAGGGCGUGCUGGGCGAGCAGGACGCGGAGGCCGUCGCGAAGCUGGCGCAGCAGUGCCAGGUCAAGCUGCGCGCGGCGCGUGUGGCGGAGAGCCAGAGCCAGCACCUGUACCUGUGCGACUGGCUCGCGCGCACGUCGGUCGACACGCUGGCGCCACGCGAGGCGCUGGUGAUCGCGGUGCACGCGACGUCGUUCGACGUGCGCGUGCCGUCGCUCGCGGUCGAGAAGCGCGUGCACCUCGACUGCCUGCCCCUCGACGCGGCGCACUGGGACGAGCCGAGCCGUGCGCUGACGCUGCAGUGGCGCGCGGGCGUGCAUCCCAUCGCGUGGCUGGCGCAGGCCAUCGACGAUGCGGCGUGUGCGCGGCUGUGGGCCACGCACGGCGCGCGCCUCGUGCUGGCGUCCGGCAGCGCGCAGCGCAUUGCGCCGCUCACGCGCCUUGCCGUGUAUGUGUUGGCCGACAUGGACAAGAGCCCACCGAUCCUCAAGGUGGUGCGUGUGCCCCCCUCCGGCCUGUAG